AUGUUUAGAAUAACAGGUCAACUAUUGACCAUCAGAAGUUUAUUGCGUCGCCAGCCCAUAGACAUCCAACUUGCUCAUCUAUCACGACUCCAGAAAUACAAGCCUCAAGAGCGAGAAACUUGUCCCCCACCGCCGCUACCUCCACCACCCAAGCCAAAAGAUGACUCCGCUUUUUGGGGCACACUUGCUGUUAUAUUUGCUGCAGCCGGAUUUGCUGUUAUAGCUCAACGAUCACCAGAAUUGCGUGACUGGCUGACGAUUCACGCUCCCUGGUUCGACGAUUUCAUAGCUGUCAUGUAUGAAGAAAAUAUGACGUAUUCAGAGUUUGCUGAGAAAUGCGUUGAUGAUGUCAAAGGCUUCGUUGCAAAGAUAAGACAACAAGAUGAUAAACCUAAGAACUGCUCGUUGGACGGCAAACCUAUUAUUACCGUUCCUCAAAAACAUGAAAUCGAAGCAAAAACUGAUGAUGGUGUAUGCGAGGUAAUACCACCGCCUGUUAUUACGAAAGAUAUUUGUGAGAUAGAAGAAUGCGUCAAAGAGUUAGCUGAAACAGCUCUCAACAACUACUUUACUGCGAGGGAAGCUUGCGCAUAUUAUAAUAAGCUCGUCGAAGAGUCGAUGCAAAACUUCACAAUACCAACAGUGAGAAAGCUACAUGGUGCAAUGGCUGAACGUAUGAGCCUCGUCAAAGAGUCUGUUGAGAAUGCGGCUGAAGCCGUUGCUGACUUCAACGAUUUGAUCCAGUACUUUGAGUGCGGUGUGAAAGCACCACCAGAAAACUUAGCGAACACACGCGGUCUCAUAACUGAUUACCAAAAGAAACUAAAAGCUAGUCUUAUUCAGUAUGAGUGGGAGCACGAUAAGUCUAUGGCAAUGGAUGUGCACUGGCAAAAGGUGGAGACCGUUGUCGACAAAUAUACUGUUGAAAAUCAAACUCUUUAUCCGGAGAUAAAUUAUGAAAAGGAUGUUCUUCAGCUACAAAACGACCCUGACUUUUUGCUGUACCAUACACUUAGAUAUGCGCAGAAAUUAAGAGAAGAAUUAGAGGACUCUGUUGUCGGAAUGACAGAUAGAGUUAAUAGAGGGAUAGAAACUCUUCCAGAAGAUAAGGCAAGGGAUGCCCAAUUACAAGCUCUUUAUAAACAGAAGAAAUAUGAAUUAGAUAAAGAAUUUCAAAAACGGUAUUCAGAUCAAAUCGCAAACAAUGAUAAGAUAUUAAAAGACUCUUUGAAAAAGCAGCUAGACAGACACCAAGACACACUGAAAAGGAGAUUAGACGAGAAGGAGAAAGAGGCUACAAUAAAGUUGGAUAAGAUGGUGGCUGAGAAAGUUGCGUUUGAGAAGAACAUCUUCGCUAGACAGCUUGGCGAGAUGGCGGCUAAACUUAAAAUUGUCGAGAACAAACUUAACGCCCACCUCAAGGCUGAACGUGAAACAAGGCGUUCGCAGGAGCUAUGGGUGGCUGGUGCCGCACUACUGGCCGCCACGAAGAAGGGAACACCUCAUGUUAACGUUAAUAAAGAACUAAAGGCUAUCGAAAAAGCUUCAGGUGAUGGCGAUAAACUAGUAGAAACUGUCCUCAAAGCUAUCCCAGGAUCCGUCAAAGAAAAGGGAAUUGUGCCGGAAAGUGUUCUACGUGCGAGAUAUCAAACGGUUGAUUUUAUGUUUAAAAACUUGUUACUCGAGAACGACUGCACUGACUUUCAUUGUGUUAUUUUUUAUGAUAGAGAAGGGGGUUUACUUGGUGUGUUUAUUUUCGUGCAGAUAUCUGGAAUUCCACAAGAGGAGUUUGAGAAACCGCCUAAAGAACCGUUCAAGGAUUUGGACACAUAUGAUUUAUUGCAACGGGCGAGGUUUUGGAUAGAACGUGGAAACUUAGCGGCUGCUAUUCGCUACGUUAGUGCCCUAGAGGGCGCCUCGCGAGCCGCAGCAGCUACCUGGACGGAAGAUGCGCGUGCGCAUCUAGAAACGCGACAAGCUGCUGAAGCUGUUUUAGCGCACGCAGCGGCUUUAGGACUGCAGUAUAUUUAG